AUGGCGCCGGCAGUUAAACGCGUCAAGAACAUAUCCGUGUCGCGGCCGAUUCUUUACGGUAACACAGCGGAGCCCCUGGGGGCAAAUAAGACGCCAGACAUGCCUCCGGACCACACGCACCGGUGGACGAUCUUUGUGCGGGACCCCAACGGACAGGACCUUUCACGGUUUAUCAAGAAGGUGAUUUUCAAGCUACAUGAUACGUAUCCGAACCCAUCGAGGUCUAUCGAAGCGCCCCCCUUUGAGGUUACUGAGACCGGUUGGGGUGAGUUUGAAAUUACAAUCCGCAUUUUUUUUAUCCCGGAAGCUGCAGAAAAAAAUAUCCAACUUUACCAUCACCUUAAGUUACACCCUUAUGUGCCAGGAACUGUGCCUGGUGGAAUUCCUGGUAUGCCCACAGCAGACGGAACCGUGGGGUACCCUGGAGUAGUGACUCAACCUGUGGAGUCGUACAUUUAUGAUGAGCUUGUGUUUAACGAGCCCACUGAGCCACUUUUUGAGAUUUUGACUGAGCGACCCGGUGCACUUCUUGCAGCCAAGAAGACGUUGGAGUCGCCCUACUCACAGCAGACAGAAAAUGAGGAGUUGGACCGCCUAACACAUGCGUUGGCAAAAGUGUAUCACCAAGUUCAAAAGAUUCGUGAGCAGAUUACAGUGCUGGAGCGAGAGAAAAACGCGCUGGUGGCGGGUGAUGCAGGAGCCAUUGUGGCGGCCGGAAUGAGUGGUGCAGUUGCAGGUGGGGGGAAUACAAACAGCGGAGCCAAUAGUGCGAAUACGAGCACAGCAGCGUCACCAGCUAUUCGGUAA